GCACUGGAUGUUUUUGGAGAGAAUUUGUGGGAUAUGAAAUCAUUCAGCUUUUCUGUGCUAUUCAGUGAGCUUGUGUUUGAUUUUAUUAGAUAUUUUAGAUGACAAAUCGAGGAAGUCGAGUAGCAAACCUCGAAGCAAACGAAUCAAUCCCAUUAAAUAAUACACAAGAACAGAUUCCGAACGGAAAAAUAGCCAUGGAUGCUGAAACGAAACGAGUAUUGACGAAAGUCGCUUUAGACGUUGUAUUAUUGGGAUGUGUUGGAAUUCCAAUCCUCAUGUUCUUCCUUUUCGGUGUGCCUUAUGAGCGAGGAUUUAACUGCAAUGACGAAUCUCUAAUGUAUCCAUUUAAAGAAUCGACAGUUACACAUGAGGUGCUGUACACUCUCGGUUUUGGCAUUCCAAUCAUUUCUAUUAUUAUCACUGAGUUCAUAAGGUGGAAACUAGGAAUGGAAGCUGAACGUGAUUUAAAGAUUUUCGGACAUCCAAUUCCAAUUUGGUUCCAACAUUGUUAUAAAUAUAUUGGAAUAUUCCUCUUCGGUGCUGCUUGCAGUCAAAUGACCACAGAUAUUGCAAAAUAUACAAUCGGACGACUUCGUCCACACUUUUUUGAUGUCUGCAAGCCUGCAUUCCUUGAUGGAACACCGAUUAACUGUACUGACCCGAAAAACUUUUUUACAUACAUUACCGAAUUUACAUGUUCAAAUCCUAAAGCAUCUGCAAGAAAAUUAAAGGAAGUAAGGCUGUCAUUCAUGUCUGGACACUCGUCAUUCUCAAUGUACACGAUGCUCUUUACUGCUCUCUUCCUGCACGUUCGUAUGACAUGGAAAGGAUCAAAAUUAGCAAAGCACUUUCUUCAAUUUGUAUUCCUAUCGAUGGCAUGGUAUACAGCUUUAUCACGUAUUUCGAACUACAAACAUCAUUGGUCUGACGUACUUGCUGGAACUUUACAAGGUGUAAUAAUUGGCGUAUUAAUCGUAUUUGGUGUGUCUGACUUGUUUAAAAAUAGAUGGUCAGCAUCUAAGGACUCGAAAUCGACAGUAUCUCGCUAUGAACUAGAUGACAGCAAUUCUAGAGCCAACUGAAAGGAUCUUUAAGCUUUAAGCAUUAAAUCACAAUUUUUAUUGACUUAAGAAGUCUACAACUUCUGCAAUUAACUUCAAUUAACGUCACGUACUGUUCAGGACAAUUUUUAAGAGCAUUAUUAUCUAAAAACGACUUAGAUUAAUUAUUUUUUGUGUAUAUAUCAUUGAAUGUCAUUUUAAAGUGCAUUAAACACGAUCCAUAAACGAUCUACUCACGUAAUGUUAGAUUGUAAGAAGACAUUUAAUUGCUUUAAUUACUUCCUCUUUCAGUUGUUGGUUGAUACUUUAUUUUAUGCUUCACUGGAUCUCUUGAGUCUAGCAUUGAUUUUCACACUCUGAUUCUUUGGAGAGAUUGUUAGCUGUUUUUUUUUCUGAGUGCAAGCAAGUCAUAAAAAUGACCAAAAAAGAUUUAAUUUCAAACUGCCAAUUUGAAUGAAAACCUUACAAAUGUUUUAAAUUUGUA